CCCUCUCUCUAGAAUCAAUGAAAGAAAAAAAAUUUAAAUCAAGGGGGAAAAAGCCUCUGUGAAAUGUGAAAUGAUGGAACAAAAUAAAUUCUGAAAUUAACUUUGGGAGUCAAAGUGUCAAAUCACUACAAUCUGUCACUUUGCAAGAUUUAAGAAAUGUAUGUUGAUGUGUAUAUUAAAACCCUCCGUAAGUCUGGGGUGGAGGCCACCAGGUCACAGAGCUGUGGCUGGGCUGAUUUUGCAGCAACCAACAGAUGCUCGGGAAGACGACUUCUCUGAAGAGCCCUGUGUUCUGCUCAGAGAAACUGGAUGGGGUUCCGACACCCCAGGACUCCAGUCUGCACUGGCCAGAAGGCCUGAAGAAUGAAGAGAUCAAGAAAUACAGUAGAGAAGGGACACUGCUGAGUAAAUACAACCAGCAAUACCAUAAGCUGUUCAAGGACAUCCCCUUAGAGGAGGUGGUUCUCAAAGUGUGCUCCUGCGCUCUCCAGAGGGACCUCCUUCUCCAGGGCCGGCUCUAUAUCUCCCCCAACUGGCUCUGCUUCCAUGCCAGCCUCUUUGGCAAGGAUAUCAAGGUGGUCAUUCCCGUGGUGUCUGUGCAAAUGAUCAAGAAACACAAGAUGGCACGGCUCCUUCCCAAUGGCCUGGCCAUCACCACCAACACGAGCCAGAAGUAUGUUUUUGUGUCACUGCUCUCCCGGGACAGUGUGUAUGACAUGCUGAGGAGGGUCUGCACUCACCUACAGCCUUCCAGCAAGAAGAGUCUGAGUGUAAGAGAAUUUCCAGAGGAGCCUGAGUGCGAGUCCCUGGAAGUCCUCAUCCCUGAGAUGAAGUGGAGAAAAGUGUGCCCUGCCUCGAGGUCCCUGUCCCACCCAGACAGCAUCCCCUGUGUCCCUCGGGCAUCCGUGGACUCCUCGGAUAGCCUGUUCCUCUCCAGGAAACCCCCGCGGUCUGGGCAAGCCAAGAGUCCCAGCUGCUUCAGAGGAUGGCAGAACGUGGGCAUGCCCAUGCUGAGCUGGGGCCCUGCCAGUCCCAGGAAGGUGACUAACUGCUCUCUCACUGCAGAAAAUGCCUCCUGUGAGCAGGACGCACUGGAGGAGGAGCCAAGGAGCAACGAGGAACUGAGGCUCUGGAAUUACCGGCUCCUCAAGGUCUUCUUUGUGUUGAUCUGCUUCCUGGUCGUGUCCUCAUCCUAUCUGGCAUUCCGCAUCUCCCGGCUGGAACAGCAGCUGUGCUCCCUGAACUGGGACAGCCCAGUCCCUGGGCACAGGUAACAGCCUCUCGGCCUCUGUCCUCACUCCGCCCAGAAGAAUGGCUUGGGUGCUCAGGGUCCAUCAGCGCCCCCCUUGGGUCCAUGACGCUGCUGCUGUGGUGGGACUGACUAUGAAGGAAAAUAGCCCAGAAUCCCUCCUCUUCCCCCGACUCUUAUGCUUCCUCUGAGUGAACUGAAGUAUCUGUUUAAAAAGCUCCUACAAUUUUUGAACUCAGACAAAAAGCCAGAUUUUUAGAACCAAUGGAGGAAUCCUGUACACUAAGCUUCAGCAACCAGUUCAGUGAAAAAAAAA